UUUUCAUGCCUGCUACUUCGACAUUGAAACUAUCGGACUCAAACUGUUGCUUCAUCUGCUACCUUCGCCACGACGAAGUAUUUGACGACCUAUCGCAAUAAAUGGACCCUGGUCAUCUUAUAGCUACCCAGCGAUACCAUCCAUCAACGAUUACGGCGCAGCCGCGAUGCCCCUUCUCGACCACCGCUCAGCAGUCUCAUAUGGUACCCUCGAUCAAAUGGAUCAAGACAACAGGGAGGCGGAGGAGCGCCUCCUUCAGGCGGAAUACGACCCUGAAGGGCAUGAUAGUGAAGUAGAAUCCUCGGUGGAUUCGGUUCAGGAGGGUGUUCGGAAGAUUGAAGCGAUCAAUCUGACAUGGACAACACGGUCGUUGAUUAUAGCAUAUGUCAGCAUCUUCCUCAUGGCUUUCUGUACCUCGCUCGAAAGCCAAACCGUGAUGUCCCUUUCGGCUUAUGCCACCAGUGCUUUCAGCAAGCACUCCCUUAUCUCUACGGUUCUCGUUGUUCAAAAUGUGGUGAACGCUGUUAUCAAGCCUCCUAUGGCUAAGGUUGCCGACGUCUUCGGUCGGUUCGAAGCGUUCUGUGUCAGCAUCCUUAUAUACGUUCUAGGAUACAUCCAAAUGGCUGCGUCGACCAACGUUCAGACAUAUGCCUCCGCGCAGAUUUUCUACGCUGCCGGAUCUACCGGCUUGCAGAUACUUCAACAGGUGUUUAUUGCUGACAGCAGCAGCCUAUUGAACCGUGCGCUCCUGGCGCUUCUACCAGAGCUUCCAUUCUUGGUCACGGUCUGGAUUGGCCCGACUAUUGCAAAUGCAGUGCUUCAGCAUACAUCCUGGCGAUGGGGUUAUGGAAUGUGGUCGAUCCUCCUACCUGCCUCGUUUCUUCCGUUGGCACUUUCGCUAUUGUUCAACCAACGCAAGGCUCGAAGACUGAACUUGAUCAAGCCUAGACACCCUCAUCGGCGAGGUCUCCUUUCCAUUAUUCGCCACACUUGGUACGAUCUUGACAUGUUCGGUCUGAUCUUGCUCUCGACAGCGGUGACCUUGAUUUUGGUCCCUCUUACGCUUGCUUCUAAUGCCAAGAAUGGAUGGAAGAAUGGCAGCAUCAUCGCGAUGAUUGUCAUUGGCAUUCUUUGCCUUUUUGCGCUUCCCGCCUGGGAAACAUCAAAGAAACUGGCCCCCAAGCCUCUGUUGUCCCUGCAUCUACUCAAAGACCGAACAGCGCUCGCAGGGUGUACCCUCGCAUUCUUCUAUUUUAUGGCGUUCUAUUUCUCGGUUCAGCCUUACCUCUACUCUUACCUGCAGGUUGUUCAGGGCUAUGAUGUUGCCACAGCUGGCCGUGUGACCCAAACCUUUGCCUUCACGUCGACUAUCGCUGCCUUCGUUGUGUCAUUGCUCAUUAAAUAUACGCGCCGGUACCGGAUCUAUGUCACCUGCGGUUGCGUCAUCUACAUUGGUGGAAUCUUGUUGAUGUUGCUCUACCGUAAGGAGGGAAGCUCACCGGCGCAGAUCUUGGGGACGCAGAUCAUUGUUGGCAUGGGCGGCGGACUCCUCAACGUUCCAGUGCAGUUGGGCGUUCAGGCCUCUGCUAGCCACCAAGAAGUUGCUGCAGCGACGGCAAUGUUCUUGACUUCCAUGGAGAUGGGUGGGGCCGUUGGAGCAGCCAUUUCAGGAGCCGUUUGGACACAUCAUAUCCCGAGAAAGCUGCAACUCUACCUCCCUGAUGAGUUCAAAUCGGAUGCAGGUGAAAUCUUCGGGAAGUUGACCAAGGCAUUGUCUUACCCGAUGGGAUCCCCCGUCCGGGUAGCGAUCAAUCGCGCAUACCAGGAGACCAUGAAUAAGCUCCUGGUUCUGGCGUUCGUUGUCACGAUUCCGCUGAUCCCGCUCAGUCUACUGAUGACGAAUUACAAACUGGAUAAGAUGAGCGAGUCAUCCGACCACGAGCCGAUCCCAGUUGAAGAUGAGGCUGAGCCUGAGGGGCGUGCGAAACGAACCUGACAGAGCGCAUUGGCGUUCAUGUACCCUUCGCUUGAAUCUGCUAUAUUGUACAAACACAUACAGGGAGAGCAUCCCGGUUAGAUUGCAAGGGCACGCUAUUUUUAUUUCGCCUGCUGUCAACCGUCGCAAACCCGCAUGGGAUAGAGAAGGCGGUGUGGAUAACCCCAGAACUUGGGAUCCAAAAAUGGACUGUGUACAAACCAAACUAUAUACUUUGAUGAUUGAUUGGUUGC